GCGGUCACACUGGUCGCGGUGCGGUUUCGUCUGAAAAAUAGGUAUAAAUUAUAAAGUCAGUGGACCAUCACAAUGGCAGCCCAGACCAUACUGUUCGACUUCACGCUGGAUAGCGCCAAAACGGCCGACGAGAAGCAGCGCCAGGAGGUGGCUAAGAUACUGCGGAAUGAGCUGGAGCACGUCUUCCCCCAGCUGGAACUUGUCUACAGCAUGGAUUGUAUAGAGAACGGGUACUUCUCGGUGCUGCACGAGAACAAGGCCACGAUCAUCACUUGCCGCAUCUUCCAGCACGGCCUGCUGACCGUCAAUGUGGAGUACUUCCUGCCCGCUGGGAAGGAGCCCAUCAUGUCCUUCGAUGGCUUGGUGCAUGGCAAAAGCUUGGAAAAUGCCUUGGCCGUGAAACUGAAGGCCAUUAAGGGACAGAAGCUGCCCGCCCUAAGGCGCGGUGAUGUCCCUAGGUAUUUUCCAUCGUCAGAUGAGCGCAUUAUUGAGUACGAUAUCGACAAGCUUGUUUAUGAGGCACGCUCGCCUUUCCAAAAGAUUCAAAUCUUGCACUCAAAGACUCUGGGAAACAUGCUACUGUUGGACGAGCUUCAGAAUAUUGCCGAGUCCGAUCUGAUCUAUACAGAAACCCUGAUGGGUCGUGGCAUUGAGAACUAUGAGGGCAAGGAGAUCUGCAUUCUAGGUGGUGGGGACGGCGCUCUGCUGUACGAGCUGUUGAAGGAGAACCCCAAGCACGUGGUGAUGCUGGAGAUAGAUGAGCUGGUUAUGGAGGCCUGCAACAAAUAUCUCAACUCGAUUUGCGGGGACGUUUUGGAGAAGCGCAAGAGCGACCAGUACGAAAUCGUUGUGGGCGACUGUGUGGAGUACUUGAAAAAGUUCAUUGCCGAGGACCGCAAGUUUGACUAUGUUUUUGGCGACCUCACCGACAUACCCAUUACAGGGGCACCUGUCGGCGUCGACUGGGACUUUAUCAGGACCAUUUUCGAGCACUCGUUCCAGGUUCUGAAGCCAGAUGGCAAGUUCUUGACCCACGGCAAUGGCACCAGUUGCACUGAAUCUCUGGAACUGUUCGAGGAACAGCUGGCCCUGCUCAAGCCGAAGGUUAAAUACACCACGUCGAAGGCAUUCGUUCCUUCAUUCAUGGAAGAGUGGCUCUUCUAUCAAGUGUCUUUCGCUUGACCAGCUAAAAGCGAACGACAAGCCGAGCGACGACUAGGGGGCGGAGAGGACCAGCAACGAUUACCAGCAACUACUAUAAAGACGGAUAAUGCCACAAUGUGUCUCCGGAAUGCUACUUCCAGCACACCAUCAACAACAGAAACAGCAACAACAACACCAACACCACACCAGAACGGGCCCAGAACCAGAAUGGAGCUUGAAGUAAAUGAGCCGCUCAUCAAGCUGCACUCGUACACAGUCACUCUGCAUGGAGCAGCAAAAGUCAAGCAGGAGCUGCCCAAGCUCCGGCAGCGUCGUCGUCAGCUACGAGUGCACUAUCACCAUUCUAUGGUUUCUUAGUGGAGGCCAAUGUCAUCGCCACCGCCAUCCGUAUCGCAUCACAGCAAAGCACAGCUCAAGGCAGAACCCCCCAAAACGCACUUCCAAUGGCUGUUACUUACAAUUGAAAACCAAACCAAAUAUUUAUCCAAUUUGUUUACGAUUAAGUUAGAAGUUAAUUCCGUUCUCGAUCACUGAUUAUUUCAAAUGAUAAAUUUAAGUUGAAAGUAGAAGUUUAAACAACGGGGGCAGGCCACACACCACAAUUUUACGUAUUCUGUUUGUGUUUAAUUAAACUAUUUCUAAGCGUGAAAUGUAUUCGUAUUUGUAGUACAAAUGUAUUUCCUAUGCUAUGCUAUGUAUUAAUACUCGUAGUGCAUGUUGAGUUUUCCGUUUACUGGCAAAAGUGAGAAGGCAGGCCCAGGCUUGCCCCAGCUAGGUACGUGUGCAGAAGGGUGGGAGGAGUGUAGCAUUCAACACCAUCUUUUAGUGCUGUACAAUUAAUAAUACAACUUAUUUCACUUGAAUUUUAAAUGAAAAUACUUGAAAAGUAAUAAAUAGUCGUACGCAGAUUCAGAA